AUGGAGGCAUCGGCAUUGCUCUCCCUCAUCAGCUGCCUGGUGGUCCCCAGUGGUGCUGAGGUCUUGGGACGCUGCGUGGUGGCCCAGCGGCUCCACGAGGGAGGCCUGAGUGAUUUCGAGGGCUACAGCCUUGAAAACUGGGUGUGCCUGGCUUACUUUGAGAGCAAGUUCAAUCCCGUGGCUGUCUACGAGAACUUGCGUGAGUCCUACACGGGCUUUGGCCUCUUCCAGAUUCGCAACCCUGACUGGUGUGACAAGGGGAGGAACCUCUGCCACGUGUCCUGCUCAGCUUUACUGAAUCCAAAUAAUUUAAACAAAACAAUCGAAUGUGCCAAGAAAAUUGUAAAAGGAAAAGAUGGAAUGGGAGCAUGGCCCUCCUGGACGCUGAACUGCCAGAACUCGGACACUCUGGCGCGGUGGCUGGAUGGAUGCAAGCUGUAG